AUGAUCUCCCAUGGUAGGCGCAUGAUAAUUUCCCCUCAGCAGAAUUCACCAGAAGUUUGCACUAAGGCCGGAUGUAUUCGUGGAACAGUUGAAAGUGGACGAAAGAAGGGUUACGAGGCAUUUACAGGUGUCCCAUAUGCGGAGCCUCCAAUUGGAAAUUUAAGAUUUGAGAACCCAGUCCCACACAGGGGAUGGUCAGGAUAUUGGAAUGCUACAUAUCCGAGGGAUGACUGUCUCCAGAGGAACGUCUUCCUUACUUAUAAACCCAUUGUAGGGUCAGAAGAUUGCCUUUAUUUGAAUGUUUACCGACCACUUGAACGGAAACGGAAGCUUCCAGUUAUUGUAUACAUUCAUGGGGGAUGUUUCAUAGCUUUUUCAUCUAAACCCGGAUUUUUUGGACCUGAAUAUCUGAUAGAUACUGGUGAAGUUAUUCUUGUGACAAUGAACUACAGACUUGGAAUGUUUGGAUUCCUCUGUUCAGGCGAUGGUGCUGUGAAAGGGAACUUUGGGCUUAAAGAUCAACAACUUGCUCUCAAAUGGGUUGCUUCCAACAUUGAGGCUUUUGGGGGUGAUCCUGAUUCAAUAACACUUGCAGGACAGAGUGUUGGAGCCAUUUCAACACAGUAUCAUAUGAUGAAUCCAGUAUCUCAAGACCUCUUUCAUCGAGCUGUAGUAAUUAGUGGAUCAAUUGAUGCAUUCUGGAGUUUUGGUGAUGAUGAAGAAGAUAAUUUCCGUCUAAGCUCCAAGUAUGCUGGUCUGAAAAAUUGGAACACAGCUUCUAGUCUUGAAUUAGCAAACGAACUAAAGAAGUUAGAUGCAAUGAGUCUUGUUUUAGCUCUCGAUGAGCUUUUUCUUUUUGACUUGACACCAUUCGUACCCCUUCGUCCGUGUAUGGAAGCAGCAAAUCAGUAUCUCCAUUAUACUGAUACAACUAAAAAUCCGAUUUACAUCUACGAAUUCGGUUUUACGGGACGAGACACAGUUGUUAAAUACUUAAGUGGAAAGGAUAUAAAUGUCGGAGUAAGUCAUCUCGAUGACAUGAUCUACCUCUUUACAAUGAAGGACCUAUUUCUACCGCUUAAACCCGAUACUCCAGAAGGAAAAAUGAGUGAUGUUUUCCUAAAGAACCUCUUGCUCCCAAUUGUGAAGUGA